AUGAAUGUGAUCCACCGCUCGCUGUUCUCGUCGGGGACGCUCGCCAGUGCUCGAGUCUCGCGCACCCCUCCUGGUUCUCGCCAGUCACUACAGAGAGGGCCAGGACGACCGCAGGGAGGGGGCGGAUGGCAGAACUUCCGUGAAAGGCUGGACGCGCUGCCCACCGGAGUCAUCCUGUGGGGCGUGCUCGGUAUAAACGGCGCCGUUUUCGCGGCAUGGCAAUACACUUAUCUCAAAGCCAAACUGGACCACUUCCUUGUCAAUGCGUUCUCAUAUUACUUCAUGGCGCCCACUGUCAUUCAGAUAUUAGGCAACGCAAGAUUCCUUGGCCUCUACCUCAGAGGUGGUAUUAUAUGCAGCGCAGCUAGUGUGCUGUGGCACACGUAUAUCAAAGGGAACCCCAAUCAAUCCUCGGUUGGCGCGAGCGGUGCGAUAUACUCUGUCCUCGCGUUUUUCGCAUGCGUAAUGCCAAAGGCAUCGAUCUACAUUUUCGGUAUUGUCCCUAUGCCUGCAUGGGCAUUCGUGACAGGUAUAUUCUUGUGGGAUACCUCAAGCGCAAUAUUAGACAAGCGGGUGGGAACUGACACCGCUGGCCAUGUCGGAGGCCUUUUGGCCGGAAUCUUGUACUUUUUGCGGCUUCGAGCGUAG